AUGUUUUGCAGGUUACUGCACAACCUUGCUUACUUACAGAACUUGUGUGUGUGCCCUGCCAGUUGGGCCUGUGACUGGAUGGCUGGUUUCGUCCUUGUUUGUGUUGUGGGAUUUGUUCUAUUUAAAUUAUUUUAUUUUGCGUGGACCAUAUUAAGAUAUUUCGAUCCUAUUAAACAUGCACUUUCGAAGCGGCAUGAACUCAGACGCGCUGGCGAUUGGGCCAUCAUAACCGGUUCGACUGACGGCAUUGGCAGGGCCUUCGCAGAGGAACUUGCCAGUGAUGGACUCAAUAUUUUCCUUAUCAGUCGCAAUGCCGAAAAACUUCUCCACGUGUCCCAGGACCUUGAACACGAACAAAAAGUUCAGACGAAGUAUUUUGUUGCUGACUUCACAAAGGGUGAUUUCUAUGAGGCUCUGAAACGCGAAAUCGAUGCCCUUUCCUCGGUCGCCUGUCUUAUCAAUAACGUCGGGAUGUCCCAGAUUUGCGCGGGUCCAAUAGCUACCUGUGAAUUUCUGAGCACCGAAUUUAUCCAGCGUAUGAUUUUCUGCAAUGCUAUAUCCACCGCCUGUAUGACACGAAUUACAAUGCCGAAGAUGCUAUUGUCCUAUGAGAAAGACCCCAAGCAUCCGCCUUGCAUUAUCAACAUGUCCUCCGUAUCGGCCAUCUACCCUCGUCCCUACAAAUCCCUCUAUGCCGCGUGCAAGUCAUUUGUGCAGAACUUCUCUGCUUCUGUUUCCGGUGAAACAAGGGGACUUUUGGACACUCGGAUUCGAUUUCUCACCCUCACUCCAGGCUUCGUUUGGACGCCUAGUAGGGGCGAAAAGAAAGUUAAUUUCUUCAAACCCACUCCCGAGUUAUUUGCCAACUCGGCGCUGGGUAUGAUCGGCGUAGCCUCUCAAUGUUGCGGCUUCAUGCCACACGAGUUGAUGGUCUUUGGUUUAGGACUGCUGCCCGGCUACCUUCGUGAUUGGGUCAUCGCCAAAUUUGAACUUAAGCAAAGGGAGAAAUUUCAGUUACACGAGAAGGCCCACCCGACUGCAAAAUCCUUCACAGAUGGCCUCGUGAUGCCCCGUCCCGUGACUCCACGCUGCCUCAAAGCCAUGCUUUAUGUACUACCGGGAUAUCCGUCUGAUUUGAUGCAGCAGGAGGGCUAUGGGUGGCCGUCAGGUAGCACUUAG